CGCCCCCGCCGCCCGCCGCCCGCCCGCCCGCCGCGGGCCUUCUAUAUGGGCCACCUCCUCUCGAAGGAGCCGCGUAACCGCCCGAGCCCGCGGAGGCCGCGCUGCGGGGGCUGGUGUCGUCGCCGGCGCCCCUUCCUCGGCCGGCCGCGCCCGCGGGCCUCGGCCAAGGCGCCCGCCCCGCCGCCGCCCGCGCCGCCCCGCAGCCGGGACUGCUUCUUCCGCGGGCCCUGCAUGCUGUGCUUCAUCGUGCACAGCCCCGGCGCGCCCGCCCCCGCCGGCCCGGAGGAGGAGCCGCCGCUCUCGCCGCCGCCGCGGGACGGGGCCGCCGCCGCCGCCGCCGCUGCCGCCGCCGCCGCCGCCGCCUCGCAGCUCCUGGCGCGGCGCUUCGCGGCCCUGGCCGCCGAGGACCGCGCGGCCGCCGCCCGCCGCCUGCUGCUCUCCUCGGCCGCCGCCGCCGCCGCCGCCUCGGCCCUGGCCUCCGCCUCGUCGCCCGCCUCCUGCUGCCGGGAGCUGGGGCGGGCGGCCGCCGCCGCCUGGGAGCAGCAGGGCCCGGGCCUCCUGCUGGCGGGCGUGGGGCCCGUGCGCCUGCUGGGGCCGCCCGCCGCCGCCGCGCAGCUCUUCCGGGGGGCGCCCCCGCCGCCGCCGCCGCCGCCCGCCGAGCCCCUCGCGGGCCCCGACAUGGUGUGCAAGCGGAAGGGCGCCGGGGUCCCCGCCUGCACCCCCUGCAAGCAGCCCCGCUGCGGCGCCGGGCAGGGCGGAGGGGGCGGCGGAGGGGGCGGCGGCGGCGGCGGCGGCGCGGGGGGGGCGCCCGCCGGGGGAGGCGCCUCGCCGCCCAGGCCCCCCGACGCCGGCUGCUGCGCGGGCCCCGAGCCGCCCGCCCCGGCCCCGGCCGCGUCCCCGGCCGCGUCCCCCCCGCCGCCCGGCCCGGCGCCCGCCUCGCCCGCCUCCCCUGGCGUCGCCGUCGGGGCCGGCGGGGACGCGGACCGCCACGAGCCCCCCGCCAACGCCCGCGACGCGCCCCCCGACAGCCCGGCCAUCAACCAGCUGCCGCCGUCCAUCCUGCUGAAGAUAUUUUCCAAUUUGUCCCUGGAUGAGCGCUGCCUUUCUGCAUCAUUGGUGUGCAAGUACUGGCGUGACCUUUGUUUAGAUUUCCAGUUUUGGAAGCAGCUGGAUCUUAGUAGUCGUCAGCAGGUUACUGAUGAAUUAUUGGAAAAAAUUGCAUCAAGAAGUCAGAAUAUAAUUGAAAUCAACAUUUCUGAUUGUCGAAGUAUGUCUGAUACUGGCGUAUGUGUUCUAGCGUUUAAGUGUCCUGGACUUCUUAGGUAUACAGCCUACAGGUGUAAACAGCUUUCUGACACUUCUAUUAUUGCGGUUGCCUCUCACUGUCCUUUACUUCAGAAAGUACAUGUAGGCAACCAGGACAAACUUACUGAUGAAGGACUCAAACAGCUGGGCUCAAGAUGCAGAGAGCUCAAAGAUAUUCAUUUUGGCCAGUGUUACAAGAUCUCAGACGAAGGCAUGAUCGUCAUAGCUAAAGGCUGCCUGAAACUACAAAGGAUAUACAUGCAGGAAAACAAAUUAGUGACAGACCAGUCAGUAAAAGCAUUUGCUGAGCAUUGUCCUGAACUUCAGUAUGUUGGCUUCAUGGGUUGUUCAGUCACCUCUAAAGGAGUCAUUCACCUAACCAAACUGAGAAACCUUUCGAGUUUGGACCUACGUCAUAUCACUGAACUGGAUAAUGAAACUGUGAUGGAAAUAGUCAAGAGGUGCAAAAAUCUUAGCUCUCUCAAUCUCUGUCUGAACUGGAUUAUAAAUGACAGGUGUGUGGAGGUCAUAGCAAAGGAAGGACAAAACCUGAAAGAGCUGUAUUUGGUGUCCUGUAAAAUCACAGAUUAUGCACUGAUAGCCAUUGGGCGAUACAGCAUGACAAUAGAGACUGUGGAUGUUGGAUGGUGUAAAGAAAUCACAGAUCAAGGAGCCACCCUGAUUGCGCAGAGCAGCAAGUCUCUGAGAUACUUGGGACUGAUGAGAUGCGACAAAGUGAACGAAGUGACGGUGGAGCAGCUGGUGCAGCAGUACCCCCACGUCACCUUCAGCACCGUGCUGCAGGACUGCAAGAGGACCCUGGAGAGAGCCUACCAGAUGGGCUGGACUCCCAACAUGUCUGCUGCCUCCUCCUAGCCCUCCCCGCCGCCCCCCGGGCCAGCCAGCAGGCCCGGAAAGGGAGCCUGGACUGGAGUGGGAUCUCGACACCACCUGCGUCGUGUGCACUGGGUGUGCACUGGGCGUGCACUGGGUGUGCACUGGGUGUGCGUAUCUGUGUCUUGUUUGCAAACACAUAGGAUAAAAGCACUGUUAUUUGUUCCCAGGUGAGCUGGCUUGUUUUCCCAAAAAGAAAAAAGAAAAGAAGAUUAUGCAAAGUAUAAACUUUUUAAUCUUUCUGUCCAAAAGCUUGUUUCUCUCAAAGGACCGGAAGAUUUUUCAGAGUCACAGCAAAGGACGCAUGACCUUGAGCUCUGUCACUCUGGGAACCGACCCUCACCGACGGCUGUCCCUCCACCGGGGAGACCGGAACACAAGCGAGCCUGCUCUGACGAGAGGCCAGGAGACGGUACUCAGGAUGCUCGGUCAUAGCUGCGUGUCGCUGUGCGCACGCCUGUGUGCGUGCACACGUGCAAGGACAUACACACACCAGGGCAGGGUCUUUGUGAGUCAUCUCCUUUCCUGGCUGGGGGCCUUGCCCUGGACCCUGGAGGGAACCUGUUACCCCUGUGGCUCUUGCUAACUUGCUGCGUCCACAGGUGGCCAGGUUGCUCCUUGCUGGGUGACCUCGGGACUAGAGAGAAUGAAGCCCACUGCAAAUUUUUUAUACCAAGGCAACAGUCUGAACUCUCCUGGCCAACUCACGAAAGUUAAUUAUUCAUUAUUCUACAAAUGCAUUCUGUUGAGUACUAAGUAUUUUAGUUGGUUUUACGUUGACAUUGUGUUAGCUUUUAUUUUUGUAGAUAGUAAUGGGUGGGGAUCUAUUUUAGUGAUAUGUAGAUAUUAGCAUUAUCCCUAGGGAAGCCACCAAUGUAAGUAAUGGUGUGCAGUUAUUAAAAAAAAUCUACAGAUCAUUUCAUUAUUUUGUUAAUUUUGAUAAUUAUGAAAAUAUAUUUCUGACACUGAGAGUAGUCACAAUGAUAGACAAUGAGUGAGACAGACCUAAGUAGACAAUCUUUUUAUUGAACUUUUUGUUUGCUCUGCUUUGGGUUUUAGAACAGGACUUUGGAAAAUAUGCAUGUUACCAUUAUUUCAAUCCUUUUUAUGCUACUGCAAAAAUCUGUUGCUAGCUAAUGUAUGAGUUAAGAAAAAUUAGAAAAUCUGUUCAUUAAGAUUCAUUUAUACUUGCCAGAAGUAAGUAUUUUCAUUUACUUAAAGAUUGCCAGCUUUCAAUUAAGACAGUACCUAUCAGCAAAUGAAUAUAUGUUUCGAUUUCACACAUUUUCACAAUUAAUUAACUGUAGGGACUCAGGCUCAAGUAACUUUUCCUGCAUCUAGAUUUUUUAAUCGAGACAGCAGGGAGCCUUUUUAAGCUAAAGAGUGAUCACCUUUCAUAAUAGGACUAGAAGCAAACCCCGACUUGUGAAUUUGCUAUUUAUUCUUCUCUGAUGUGGACAUAAAUGUUAUUUGGUCUUUAACAAAUAUAGUGAGGUUUGAAUUUAUUUCUCAUCAAUUCCAACAUUGCUAAAAUAAUACGAGCUGUAAGAAGUUAGCCUUACAUUUGAAUUCCUCCCACAUAUUUAUGACUCCUUUUCUGUACAACUGUUUCCUUUGAUUAUGUCAACCUGUUUCUGAUGUGGCAUUUUUUGUUUGUUUGUUUUUAUCUCAAUCAGUUAAGAAAAUCUAAUGGGAAAACACCAUGAAUAUUUUAACCAUAAUUAAUUUAAUAGGUUACUAAUUUAAUUUGAAGGGAGUCAAAUGUGUAUAAGAAAAAAAUGUUUACCAUUAAACUACAUUUCUUAUUACAUAUCGAAAUGUAUCAUUUUCAUAGUUAUUUCUCCACCAGUAAAAAAAAAAAAUCUUAUUUCACAAAAUUUUAAAUGAUUUUAACCCAAAACUAAUUUAUAAGACAGUAUGUAUAGUAAUAGUAGCUUGAGUGAAUAAACAAAAGCUUAAUUUUUAUAUAUGUCACACUAUAUUUUAAAUAGUUAAAUAAGAAGACAAAAAGGGAGAGCCAUCUAUGAUAUAGAUGGUAUGUUUUCAGUUCAAAGUUGUGAUAAUCUUUGGAAUGUUACAGUUUGGUUGUCAAAUGGUUUCAGAAUGUAUAACUGAUUUCUUUUCAAUGUUGUAUUGUUUGAAUCUAAAGUACAGCACUGUAAUCUGCUCUAGCUUCGGGGGGCGGGGGGGAUUGCAUUUACUCUUUAAAAUGUUGGCUAAUCCAGAAAGCCUGAUGCAACAUAACCUGGAAAAGUGCUUUGGUACAUAUGUAGAAAUAUGUAGACCUCUCAUCCAGCCUCAAAACAUUAAUCUCAAAAAUAAAAAAGAAUAAAAAAAAAACAGCCAAGAAAAGCAUCACCUCAAGUGAUUCUGUGAUAAUUGUUGAAUGUGUUCUCAUUAGAUGCUUUGAAAUAAGGCUUAAAAUAAAUUUUCUAGGCAAUAUAGCUUCUUUUGCUUAAAAUGCCAUAAAUACAUGUGAACACAUUUAAUGCAGGGCUUUUUAUCCUCUCCAAAAUGUCAACAGUAUUUUCAGAAUAAAGCCUAUGAAAUAUAUUGCUGUAGUGGAAAAUUCUGGUCCUUUGUCUUUAAGUGUCUUUUUGAGUGGAUAAAGAAAAUUCACUUGGUUUGUAGUUUCUAUAUUUCUGUGAAUCUUUUGACCUUGCAAUGGGUUGCAAUAAAAGAGAAACAAAGCA